UAAAUAUGCAUUUAUCCGGUACCAACUUUCAAAGUCUCAAUAUGUGGCCGGUUUUAGCAUGUGUUUUGUUUACCCUCCUUUCACAGUGUUCAGCUGAGGAUCUCAUAGUGACAAUAGCGAAUGGAAAAGUUCAAGGAACAUCGUACACAAGUGCUAAUGGAACUAGUUUCUACACUUGGAGGCACAUUCCCUACGCUCAACCUCCUGUAGGAGAUCUCAGAUUUUUGGCACCAGAAGCACCAGAUAAUUGGACGGAUAUACUGAAUGGAACGGAAGAUUCGCCCGCCUGUUGGUCAGUUGGAACAUUUGCGGGCACUCCAGAUCCGACCCAUGGACAAAGUGAAGACUGUUUGUACAUAAACGUUUACUCUUCAUCACCAAUGGCUGAUGAUACUCUUCGUCCGGUCAUGUUUUGGAUUUACGGUGGAGGAUUUUUUGCUGGGAAUUCAGACUUUGAUUAUUAUGAUCCUACACCGUUUUUGGAGGAGGACGUGAUAGUGGUCACAUUCAAUUACAGGCUAAAUGUUUUUGGGUUUCUUUCAACGGAAGACCAAAUAGUACCGGGAAAUGCAGCUCUAAAGGACCAACUGAUGGCUUUGAAAUGGACCAAGACCAAUAUCGCCUUUUUUGGCGGUAAUCCUCAGAAUAUAACAAUUUUUGGGCAAAGUGCCGGCGCCAUGUCGGUCGGAUAUCAUCUGGUUAGUCUAAAGUCCAGAGAUUUAUUUAGCGGUGCCAUAUUGGAAAGCGGAAGCGCCUUACGAGACUAUUUCCAAAGCAAUGCUAAUAAGAAUGCUUUGGCUGUUGCCAGUCAGAUAAAUUCCUCAAUAUCUACCACCAGCAGUUCGCAGAACAUUUUGAGCAUUCUACAAGCUGUAGAUGCUGAGAAAUUAGUAACUAUUGCUAAAGAAAUACAAUCAAAGGAAAUCUUGGAUGUGGCACAGUAUCGCACGCUGAAGAAGUGCCGUAUCUUUUCAACGUUUCAACCAGCCCGAUUCAUACUGAGGCUGAUUACUUAACUCGAAAGAGGCUUGUGAAGUUAUGGACAAAUUUUGCGAAAACCCAAAAUCCUACUCCCAAUGAUAACACUGCAGAUCUCUUACGACAAAUCACAUGGGACCAGUUUGAUGCAG